AUGUCCGAGCAAAUGCCCGUCAUAGCAGAAGAAGACGAGGAUGAAGAAAUGACCACAAAAGUCAUUGAUCUUGCCAAUGAAGAACAAGAAGAAGAAGAAGGUCUGCCACCGGACGAUGACAAAACCAAUCAUGAUUCAGAGGGAGAAGACUUCCAAGGUGUUGCUCCAGACUACGACAAAGACAUGGAGGACAAGCUUGAUGAAGAAACGGACUCACCUGAAGAUACAGCUCCAAAGGCCACCACAAAUCCUUAUCAUACCCAAGAGUCCAGAAAACAGGCAAACCAUCUAAAUGCAUUCAUGGGACAGGUCUCUCGCUCGGCCGCUUGGAGAAGGUACUUCGCAAGGAAAGCGAAAGAAAUCGAUAUGAAACUUUUACCGUUAACUCCUGGAUACAAUGUAACACGUCGGAAUGCAGAGUUUGAUUCCCUCAAUCAAUUUGUUCAGGCACGGAAGCCGAGAAGCGUCAAUCUAAGGGUUCAAACAUACCCCGAGGCUAGUUCCACGAGAUCAACUGUUCUUACAACGAUAGGGCUAUGCUUGAAGCUUAGACCAAGGGAGCUCGCGCGGAAAAAGGAGCAUGAUUCAAUUACCAAUGCAAAUGAAAUCACAGUAGUAUCUGAUCCAGCAACCUCAAACUCCAGCAACUCCGGAGUGAAAAGUGUAUUCAAUUUAUUCAAAAGUCAAGAUCCUGAAGUGGCGCGUGACGAAGUCACUUCCUACCUGAAGGGAACUCAUCCCAUGGCUGCUUCUGACAACGCAAGGGAUUGCAAAGCGGUCCUACCAUGGUGGAGUAUACACGAAUGA